AAAAAUCUUCUCUAACCAUAUUUUAGCUGAUCAAGAUGCAGUUAGCAUUAUUGCAAACAGCCACCUUUCUGCCGAUACUGUUCUGGUUUGUACCGCUAACAAGCCCCAUGAAGCAAAGCUCCAAGCCACACAUCAUUUUCAUUGUAGCUGAUGACUUGGGCUGGGAUGAUGUGAGUUUCCACGGCUCAAACCAGAUUCCCACACCAAACAUUGACAAACUUGCAAAUGAAGGUGUCAUCCUUAACAAUUAUUACGUAUCACCUAUAUGUACACCUACCCGAAGUGCAAUAAUGACUGGCCGACACCCGAUCCACACAGGCAUGCAGUCUGGAGUUAUUUAUGCAGCACAGCCUUAUGGACUGGGAUUGAAUGAGACUCUUAUGCCACAGUACCUAAAAGAACUUGGAUAUGCAACUCAUGGCAUUGGCAAGUGGCAUCUUGGCUUCUUCAAGGUUGCCUACACUCCUUCCAAGCGUGGAUUUGACUCAUUCUUUGGUUACUGGACAGGCAAGGAAGACUACUGGGACCACUCCUCCUCUGCUCCUGGUGGGGGCUGGGGACUGGAUUUCCAUAAUAACACUGAGAAUGUCUUUACAGAAUGGGGAAUGUACAGUACAGAUCUAUUUACCACUGUGGCUAUCGACAUUAUCCAGUCACAUGAUGCAUCCAAACCAUUGUACCUGUACCUCCCUUAUCAAGCAGUUCACAGUGCUAAUAAAAUCCAGCCUCUUCAGGCUCCUGAAAAAUUGAUCAACAAAUUUAAAAAUAUCGAGGAUGAACGCAGAAGAAUCUAUGCUGCAAUGGUCACUGCCUUGGAUGAUGCUGUGGGAAAGAUAAGAGAUGUCUUAGAGGCGAAAGGUUUGUACAGUAACUCCGUGAUCGUCUUCACAACGGACAAUGGUGGUCCAGCAGCAGGGAUGGACAAGAACAUGGCCUCUAAUUUCCCUUUGCGUGGUCUCAAGGCUACUCUGUGGGAAGGCGGUGUACGUGGAGCAGCCUUCGUCCACAGUCCCCUUUUGGAGUCAAAAGGCCGUGUAAGCCUGGACCUGAUGCACGUGACCGACUGGCUUCCAACGUUGUACGCGUUAGCGGGUGGAAGUGCUAGCAAACUCCGUAACGUGGACGGGUAUAAUGUGUGGGACACGCUGUCCAGUGGAAAGAGCUCACCUAGACAGGAACUAUUGCACAAUAUUCACCCGAGUGGCGGAGAGGCUGCAAUGCGGUAUGGGCAGUGGAAAAUUCUGGUUAAUGCAGGCAAAGCCUGGAAUGGAUGGUACCCACCGCCAGGAUACGAACAAUCGAACUUAUCCAACAGAACGUUAAAAAACGCAGUGGUGACGUGCGGCGAUCCCCCCAGUACCGCGCCUGACUGCAGCAAGUCCUCAGGACCAUGUCUGUUUGAUAUUGAACAAGAUCCCUGCGAGUACGUGAACUUGGCGAGCCAGCACGAAGACUUGGUUCAGAAGUUGUUAGCCAAGUUAGAAGAAUACAGGAACUCCAGCGUUCCCCCCAGGAAUAAGCAUAUGGACCCCAGGGCUAAUCCUAAAUACCACGGGGGAGCGUGGGUUCCUUGGCAUGAUCUUCCCUAAUUUAAUUCGCGUUCUUUAUACACAAACCUUAAAUGACCUAUGUUGUCAUAUUACAACGAAAUUCGCGCGAAACGUUUAUAAUAGAUAAGAGUUUUUUUCAAUUUUUUUCCAUAGAUAAUGAGUUACUUGUGUCAGAAGUGCAAAAAAACAUUGUGGAUCACUGACUUCGUUUCAGAGAUAGAGUGUGUUAAAAGAAAUAUCCUGAUUUUGGAAAACUGGCGCCGGUAACUCAGAAUUAUAUCCGUGGUUUUAGUUUUAAACUAUAAAAUAUUGAAGAUAAGUCAAAGGCGGUUAGUUAUCUUGUCAUAUUGAUACUCUGAGGUCAAGAUAUGCAUAUUGUGUUUAUGUAGAUUUCCUCGUUUUGUUCAGUUUAAUAGAUCGGGGAAAUGCAUAUUGGUGAAUUUCUUUAGGUUAUUGUGUAGCGUAAAUGAUCAGUAUUUUAUGGGAGCUCCGCUUUUAGGCUUGGCUAAAUCGCUAUAAAUUGUUUUUUGUAACUGGGUCAGUAGCGUUAGUAAUUCGAAGUGUUAUCAUCUUCUUUUCAUAUUCCUUAAUCCUUAAAUAAGCAUUUAAAACCGUCGCACAGCUAAACUUAGGGCUCAAAAGAGCGGAAUUCGGUGACUCGUGAGGCAAAAAUUUUAAACUUCCCAUCUAUAGAUUCUUUUCACUUUUUCGCAAAAUGUUGAAAAAUGUAUCAAAGGGAAAAUUGGAGUUGAAAAGAUCUAUCAAAAUAAACAAGAUACUUCAUCCGUUCUCGUCAUGAUAUGCUCUGUUUUGGGUGACCAGUAAGUAUGCGCACUAAAAAUUAGCGCGAACGUUCUUAUUUUUACAAGUCCGGCCUUUUCCCGAUGUCGAAAGCCCCGGCCAAAUGAUCACAACAUUUCAACGAAACAUUGCUAGAGCAACAUAUUGCGUUCGUGUUACGCCGCAAGAUGUAAUACUGACGAAAAAUGUAAUGAGAAACGCCGCAAAAUGUAAUACUAACGAAAAAUGUAACAAAAUCGACGCAAAAUGUAAUAACUUUUUAACGCAAGUUGUCGUUGGCGCAACUUUCAUGGCUAUUUAAGAUUUAUCAAAUGCAUUUCAUAGACAA